GAGACUGUUCUUUCCAAUGUGAUACUAAAGAGAAGUGGUGGAAAUGUCUUACAAACAGAGAACUAUACAUAAUAGGAGACUCAACAGUUAGACAACUGCACAUAGUCGUUCUUUCAUCGAUUGGCCUGAUGCAACCAAAGUUGAGUUUGUACAUUCCGGAAAAUUUGUUGUUGAAAACAUUUGUAAAGAAAUACAAUGCAAAAAUCAGAUAUCGACUACAUUGUCUUCCAUUGCAAACAAACUUGGCAUGAACUUCACCGGCGCUACGUUUGUAGCAGAUACAAUUGAUGCUAUUCCAGGAAAUGGAAAUGAGAUAAUCCUAAUAAGCACAAUACAGCAUUUCCUACUCUUACCACCAGACAUAUUUCGUCAACGCAUGGAGCACAUGGUGACCGCAGUCCGUCAUCUAAGGCAGAGAAAGAUGGGAAAGACAGUUCCAGUUAUAUUUAGCACAGGAAAUCCACGAGGGUUUGACUCAUUUCGUUUGAAUUCUUAUCGCAUCAAGUGGUACAAUCAGAUUGUUACAGAGACAUUUGCAGCAGCCAAUGUGGGUAUUAUUGUGUAUGAUGUAUUUGACAUGAUGGCUUCAAGUGCAGAUCCUCAAAUGCCACAUCAGCCACAACAGCGAAUGGCUGUCAAGUUAUCUCAAAUACUUAGUCUCGCUUGUCAGUAAUUUAUGAGUAUUAUUUGUAGUAAAUAUAUUACUAUAGGCCGUAGUACCUAAAAUUGAUGUGAA